AUGUACAACGGCGUGCUAACGCUGAAGCUGCCCAAAGGAGUCGAGAUCGUAGGAUUUGCGGUCGACAUCGUGUUGGCGGUAGUAGGCGAGACGUUGGAAGAGGUGGAAAUGCUGGCAACCGAGGCGAUCGACACGCGAGCAGAAAUUACCGUCGGGGAGAACGCCAUAGCAUCAAAGCGCGUGCUGAAGUAUCUUGGAGUGAUACUCGAUGACCGGAUAAGCUUCAAUAGCCACGUCGACUACGCACGUGAGAAGGUGGCAAAGGCCAUCAAUGCGAUAGUUAGAAUCAUGCCCAACAACUCUGGACCAAGCAGCAGCAAGAGGCGUCUUCUGGCUAGUGUAUCGUCGUCGAUACUGAGAACAAUUUCGACGGAAGCAGUAUGCGUUAUUGCCGGUAUGAUACCCAUCGUCAUCACCUUGGCGGAGGACACCGAAUGCUAUAUGCGAAGAGAUACAAGAAGAGUACGAAAAGUUGUGAGAACGGAGUCGAUGGCUAAGUGGCAACAGGAGGUGGGACGCAGCGGAGAACGGUAG